CUUUCAGCAGAAGGGAAUUCUACCGAUAAAGAUAGAGAAGAGGAAUCUACCGUGGUACCCAUGGAAACUCAAAAUAUAGAAUCAAAAGAAGAACAAGGCUCUAAAAGAAGAUACAAAAACGAUACACCAAACAUCAGUAGUGAUGAAGACAAUGAUCUGAACAAAACCUUUUCAGAUCCUGAAAUAACAACUUCAUCUCGUAAGCGUAAAUUCAAGAGCAAAAUCGAGAAAAAACGACCCCCACUAAAAAAUACAAGAAAUACUAAAGCUGACAUAAGAACAUCUACACCUACACCAACUCUAACAGCAAAAACCAAACCAACACAAGAUACAUACCAAACAGAUUCAGAAAUGGAAAUUGAGUUCGAAAAAGGAAUCAAAUAUGAUCAACUCAACAAAGAAGAUAAAAAAGGAGAUAAAAAGAAACAACAACAACAACAACAACAACAACAACAACAACAACAAACUACGAAGGGAUAUAACAAACUACCAACGGGAGAAGGAGAAAGAGAAGAGAAAAAACUUACCUCCUUCAACACUAAAAUCAACAAGGCCCAAAAUCAACCAAAAGAGAAAACACACAAUGGAAAAGAAGAAAAACCGAACAAAAAACCCACCGAAAACAAAACACCAGUCUCAAAGAAUAAGGAAGAACCCAAAAUAAACAGAGAAUCGCCACAAAUAAUAGAAAAAAUAGAGAACUUACUGGAAAACUUGAAGAAAACCGGAGAAAAACAAAUGCAUGAAAUCAUGAAAGAUUACAUGAAUAAUAUACAUAAAGAGAUAAAUUCAAAAAUAAAUGAUAUCUUAGAAAAUACAUUUAUCUCUAAACAGAUAGAACAAUAUAAAAAAGAACUAAACGAUAAAGACAAAACUAUCAAAAAUCAAGAAAAAGAAAUCGAAAAACUAAAAGAAGAAAACAAGAAAUUAAAAGAAAAACCCCAAAUAGAAAGCAAUAAAGAAAUGACUAAGAAAAUAGACAAAAUCUAUGAAAACAACAACAAAAUGUUCGACGCAAUGAAAAGCACCAACACAGUACUUAAAGAAAAAGAAGAACCAUGGAACGUACAACUAGGGAAGAAUAUACGCAAAGCAAAAGAUACCAUGAAUCCAAAUAUGAAAAAACUACAUAUUCCUGACACGGAUAGGGAUUCAUUCGCUGACAAACUGAAAAAGCACAACAUAAAUGUAAAAAUUGACCGAGUUAUCACAAGCAAAAAUGGAGUGACAUUGGCAAUAACGGAUCAAAAAUCGGCGGAAGAAAUAAAACAAAAAUUAGAUGAAUCCGAGACGACUUACAGAGAAAUAGAACCGAAGAAAAUAUACACAUACAAGAUAACGAAUAUAGACGCAUGUUUAAAUACGGAAGAUAUAUUACAAGAUCUAUUAGAGAAAAACUUGCAAGAAAGAGGCUGGAAAAGGGAAAAACUGGACGAAAAUCUCAAACAUGUUGCCACUUUCAAGGUAACUGGAAGAUAUUCAAAGGAUAGUCUUCAAACAGUUUUCUUUAACGCAACAUCAGAACUAUCAGAGAUCUUUGAUAAAACACAACUUGUCUACAUAGGAUGUACAAGAUGUAAAAUUUAUCCAACGGUUCUAGUUCUUCCGUGUCGAAAAUGCGGUUCUCUAUCACACCAAACACGAUUUUGCGAAAUAAAAGAAGACAAAUACAUAUGCUACAAAUGCGGGAAAUCCAAUCACAAGGGCAGUGAAUGUAAAAACAAAAUCAGAUGCAUACACUGUGCAGCAGCAAAGAAACCAGACACAAACCACACCACCGGAAGCCAAAUUUGCCCAUUUGUACAUAUAGAAACGCAAAGAAGAAGUAAAAAAUACUUCUGGAACGAAGCAGAGGACAAAGGAGGGAUAACAAUAUCACCCACCAAUGGAGAAUCGACAGCCUAAGAACCCUGAUGCACAUGAAGAAAUCUACCCAUCAAGUGAUUCGGAAAAAUCAAUAACUAAAUACAUAGACAACAAUCUGUUCGGGAAUUUUAUGUCAAAAAUAGAGAAAAAACUCAAACCCCAGAAUUAUCAACUAUCAAAUCCA